AUGGAUACCUCAGCGCAGAACGCAAUACCUGCGGAGUCGGCUGAUGCGUCUGCGCAACUUGGACAAGACGCACCGACAGGCAAAGCCCUCGUCAAGAAGCUCAGCCUCACAGACAGACUCCUGACGCCUGCCAUCCUCGUUGCAAUGAUCGUAGGCGUCGUCAUCGGGGAGUUUGCCCCAGGGGUCCAACCCGCCUUCGACACUGCGCGAUUUGCAAGUGUCUCCGCACCCAUUGCCAUCGGCCUCAUCGUCAUGAUGUGGCCCAUCCUCACCAAGGUCCAAUACGAAGCCCUCCCACGCAUACUCUUCACGCGUAGCAUGUUCGUGCACAUCCUCCUCUCGCUCUUCCUCAAUUGGAUCAUCGCCCCUCUCGUCAUGCUCGCAUUCGCUUGGGCGACGCUGCCUGACCUGCCUACCUACCGCACGGGCGUCAUAAUGGUUGGCCUCGCGCGCUGCAUCGCGAUGGUCAUGGUGUGGAACCAGCUCGCGGGCGGCGACAGCAACUACUGCGCGGUGCUGGUUGUGCUCAACAGCGUGCUGCAGAUUGCGCUGUACUCGCCGUAUGCCGUGUGGUUCGUCAACGUCAUGGGCGGGGCCGGCGCGGACAUCCAUGUCUCCUACGGCGAGGUCGCGAUAUCAGUACUCAUUUACCUCGGCAUCCCCCUGGGCGCAGGCCUCCUCACCAGACUGUUCUUCCUCUUCUUCAUCUCCCGCGAGUUCCUCACAACGCGGUUCCUCCCUCUCAUCUCCCCGCUCGCGCCCCUCGGCCUGCUCUACACCAUCAUCGUGCUCUUCGCCUAUCAGGGCCACCACAUCCUGCACAACAUCGGGCCCACCUUCCGCGUCAUCGUCCCGCUCGUCCUGUACUUCAGCGUCAUGUGGGCGGGCGCCUUCGCGCUCGUAUGGUACCUCGGCCGGCGCGCGGCGGCGAAAGGACGCGCGGAAGCGGGGACCUGGAGCUAUGAGAUGGCGGUCGUGCAGAGCUUCACGGCAGGGAGCAACAACUUCGAGCUUGCCAUCGCGGUGACCAUAGCCGUGUAUGGCGUCGGAUCCGACCAGGCUCUCGCGGCGACGAUAGGGCCACUCGUGGAAGUGCCCGUCCUUCUAGCGCUUACGUGGCUUGCGCUCUAUCUCGGUAAGGUCUUGCAGUGGGGUGGCAUCCAGCAGAGGGAAGGGACACCAGACGUAGAAUUGCAGGAAGGAACGCCGACGGUGACCGACGAAAAGGACAAAACGGAGCUGGAACGAGUAUGAGCUGCAGCUGUUACCACGGACAUAAGGACUCGGACAGUGGAGGAUUCAGCGAACGUCUGUUACUCACAUGUGAUUCAUGCUAUACUACUUCUGGCCUACCACUACGCGCUCCUUGUCCCAAGGAUCCUUCCAGAUCUCGAUAUUCUUCAUAUGCGCUUUUCUUUCCAUGAUCUCCGCGACCGCGCUUGCUUGUCCUUCCCCGACCUCGAGCGCCACGAGACCGUCACUCUUCAACAACGUCGGAGUAGAGCUCGCGAGCAAAUCUGCGAUCGUGUGAUAGAACGUCAACCCUCGAGCGUCUUCGCGCAUCUCCAUCUCACCGCCGGCGGCGGGGUCGCCGAUCAGCGCACGCGGGUCCUCCCAGUCCUUCACAGACGGUGACAGAUUGUCAUAGUCCUCCUUGGUGAUGUAGGGUGGGUUUGACGUAACCACAUCGUAGGGCGGGCGCAGACCGCAC